UGUCACUUAACCAUAACAACAAACAAGCCGUUGUAAAGAAAAAUUAGACCGUUGUCAUUUUUUUCAUUCGUUUUUCUCGUCAAAAUUACUAAAAAUUUCAUUUCAAAAUAAGUUUUAAUUCGUUCAUUUGGUUAAUUACAAUUUUUGUAGAAUCAUUGUAGAAAUGGUUUCAUAUAUGAAUUACUACUACCUUUUGAUUGUAGUCAGGCAAAUUUAAGACAGUAAAUGAGUAAAGGUAAAAAACUAAAAGUAAAACUUAACAGAAACACUACUAAUUGACUAUUAAUCACUAAUCAGCCAACGAACACCUCAACAAAUUGAAAAAUUAGUGCUAUUUAUUACUCUUUAAUUUACAUGAUUUUUGAUAUAAUAAUAGUGAUGGGUUUGUAGUACUGACUUUACUUUACUACAUUAGUGUAGUGUAGUCUCAUAAGUCAAACUCAAAAUACUGCUAAACUGAAAUCUAAAAUGAAUCUGAGUUUGAUUUUUACAUUUAGGUAAUUUAACUUAAAUCAGCUUACUAAUACUAAUUCACUCAGAAAAUAGUUAGGAGAACUACAGAUCAACAGCGUAAUAUUUUCACCCUGAAUAAUAAAAUUAGUCCCCAUCUAGCCAACCCAGCCCCGCUAGAAAACAACAUGGCGGCCGACCUCGACGUCAUCUACAGUUUAGAAGACUUAGAAGGUGAAUCAAACUUCAAUAACAACUCCAGGUUUGAUGUUUUAGACGGGGAGCAGGUCGACGAGCUGACUGCAGAUCUAUCAAACAUCAACCUCAAUUCGACGGCCUACAAUCUAAAUAUGCAUGAUCCUGUCAUUAUUAAAGGCACUGGAAACCUAACAUUGUUUGGCUUGAACAACAGAUUCGACACGAAAUUCCCCUCGACACUUACUGCUAAGGUGGCCCCAGAAGAGUACGCCUCGACUAUCAAACGAAUAAACUUGGUACUGAAGAAAACAAUGACCAUGAACGCUCGAUGGCUCGUCUGCUGUUCGCUCGUUUGCUGCUGUUCACUCGGCUGUUCACUCUGGCCUGUUAUAUGCAUGAACAAGAGGACGAUAAAUCAGGUCGAGAAGAUUCUAGAUUAUGAGAAUAAUCGACUCUAUCACAGGCUGAAUCUAAACUGGAAGCUACACAAACUAAAAUCAGACGACACAUCCAUGACUGAAGUCGUGUUAUUGCUUGAGUUCAUACCAAAAGUCUCUUUGUUCAUACCUGACUGAUUGGAAAACUAGAAAAAAAUAACAUACAAUGGCGUCGUGAAUAAUAAUUAUUAAUUAUAAUAGUUAUAAUAAUUAUUAUAAUAAUUAUUAUUAUAGUUAUAAUAAUUAUAAUUAUUAAUAUUUAUGUUCUGGUUGUGAUGACGAUGAUGGUGUUUUUAAGAGGUGAAUGGAUUCUUUGGAACAGUUGUUACUUCAGCAUAUCUGGUUCACAUGUUUGUUCAUUUGUUUCGUUCAUUCAUUUUGUUACCGUUCGUUCGUUCGUUCAUCAUCUUCUUUUUCUCAGCUGUUUCAUUUGUCCAUUCGGUUGGUCAGUCAAUUGUUUCAUCAUUCAUCAACUUGAUUUUAAACAUCCGAACUUCUAGUAGUUAAAAUGCAUUCAGUUCAUUCAUUCGUUCAUUCAUUCAUUCAUCUGUUUUUAUUAUCAUUCAUUCACCCGUUCAUUCAUUCAUUUAAUCAAUCUUUCGUUCAUUAAUUAACUUAUUUUCACGGUUUGAUAUUUAUUCGAUGCAAUGUUUAUUAUAGACAUAAUUUAUAUUCUUCACACGUAAAAAAUACCUGUCUAUAUAUGCGUGUAUGUGUGUUUGUGUCUGUUUGUAUAUAUGUGUGUAUGUGCAUUUGUGUCUGUCUGUAUGUGUGUUUGUGUCUGUAUGUGUGUGUGUGUGUGUGUGUUUGUUUUCUAGUUAAAUUCGAUUUUAUCAUUGUUACAAUCCCAAAAUAAAAAUCAUUAAA